UCCUGUAGGCGGGGAGGCGGGGCGGGCUCGGCACUCCCAUUUCUUCUCAGUUCCUUGCAGCCUCGCUCUGGAACUUUCGACCUCUGAGCAGCUCCUCUUUAAUUGCAUCCACCUGCUUCCUGUGCGCUCACAGCUCACGUCCCAGCGGCCGCCGAGCACUGCGCCGGCCCGCAGCCCCUCCCCAGAAGAGAAUGGAAGGACUGCUGAAGGGCACAUACGGAACUAUGGCUGAAGGCAUAGCGAAAGAUAAUGAGUCGGAAUCAUCAUCCUCACUGAGGCUCAUCCUGGUGGGCAGAUCCGGCUGUGGGAAAAGUGCCACUGGGAACAGCAUCCUCUGCCAGCCCAAGUUCGAGUCCAGGAUGUCAGCCCAGGCAGUGACCAGAAAAUGCCAGAAGGGCACGGUCACAUGGAAUGGGAGGAACAUCCUGGUGGUUGACACUCCCUCCAUCUUUGAGGCAAAGGCCCAGAACCAAGAGAUGUACAAGGACAUCGGGGACUGCUACCUGCUCUCAGCCCCAGGGCCCCACGUCCUGCUGCUGGUGACGCAGCUAGGCCGCUACACUGACCAGGACAUGGUGGCAAUGAGGAGGGUGAAAGAGGUCUUUGGGGCAGGCGUCAUGAGACAUGUAGUGAUCCUCUUCACCCACAAGGAGGACUUAGGGCACGAGUCCUUGAAUGAGUACGUAGCCAACACAGACAACUUCAACCUGCGGAUCCUAGUCCACGAGUGCGGGGGCAGGUACUAUGGCUUCAACAACCGGGCCACUGGGGAGGAGCAGAGGAAGCAGCUGGAGGAGCUGAUGGCUGUGAUCGAGAGCCUGGAGAGGGAGCUCCAGGGUGCCUUCUACAGCAACGACCUCUUCAUCCAAGCACAGGUGCACAAGGAAAACAGGGGCGGCACCCCUGGGAUAGAGCACUGGAGCUACCUGACCCAGGUGCAAGCGCAGAUUGAAAAGCAAAAGCAAGAACUGGAAGGUAACAUGCUGUCCAGGGUACUGCGCAGAGUGAAAAAGUGGGUCUGCUCUCACGUUGGGUUGUCUGCGUUUAUUGCGACAUGCAUUCUGAUUUCUGCUGCUGUUCUAAUUAACUGGGGCAUGACUCGUUCGCACUAAGCAUUUCCGACUGACUUUGACAGUUGGCUUUUUGUUUCCAGACUCACCAUCUCUGUUUGUGAGAUACUUUAUUUGCUUUUUCCAUAGUUUCAGGUGCCAUUUCUCUUCCUUGUAUCAGACAUGCCCAUGUGCUCAUAGAGAAAUAAAACCCAAAGGGAAA